GAAUAGUGAUCGCCCACAGUUGCUCACCAUGGCUCUUCUCAUUUUUGUAGUACUACUAUUCGCCUUAAGCAUCCCAGCAAGUUCUGCCACGAUCGACACCAUCUCAAUUGGCACGGCGUUGGCCAAAAACGAUAAGCUUGUCUCAGAAAAUCGCAGGUACGCACUUGGCUUCUUUGAGACACAAAGAAAAGCAUCUCAGAAAACUAGCAAGUGGUACUUAGGAAUUUGGUUCAACCAGGUUCCCAAGCUAAAUCCUGCAUGGGUUGCAAAUAGGGAUAAGCCAAUUGAUGAUCCCACAUCAGUGGAACUAACAAUCUUCCAUGAUGGAAAUCUUGCCAUCUUAAACCAGUCAACAAAGUCCAUCGUUUGGUCUACACAAGCUAAUAUCACUGCCAACAACACCGUUGCUACGCUAUUGAAUAGUGGAAAUCUCAUCCUAACAAACUUGUCAAACUCAUUAGAAGUUUUCUGGCAGAGCUUUGACUACCCCACAGAUACAUUUUUUCCUGGGGCAAAGCUUGGAUGGGACAAGGUCACAGGCCUUAACCGUCAGAUUAUUUCUUGGAAAAACUCAAUUGACCCAGCUACCGGUUCCUAUUGCAAAGAGUUAGACCCUUCUGGUGUUGAUCAGUACUUGCUUUUGCCAUUGAAUUCCUCCACACCGUAUUGGUCUACCGGUGCAUGGAACGGCGAUUACUUCUCCUCAAUCCUGGAGAUGAAAAGCCAUACUAUUUUUAAUUCAUCAUUUGUUGAUAAUGAUCAAGAGAAGUACUUUAGAUAUGAUUUGCUAGAUGAAAGGACUGUUAGUCGUCAGAUAUUAGACAUCGGAGGUCAGGAAAAGAUGUUCCUUUGGCUUCAGGACUCAAAAGAUUGGACACUGAUCUAUGCCCAACCUAAAGCUCCGUGUGAUGUCUAUGCAAUUUGUGGGCCUUUCACAGUCUGCAUCGAUAAUGAGCUUCCACAUUGCAACUGUAUAAAGGGCUUCACCGUAACAUCACUCGAGGAUUGGGAACUGGAAGAUCGAACAGAUGGAUGCUCAAGAAAUACUCCAAUAGACUGCAUUAACAACAAAACCACAACACAUUCAACUGAUAUGUUCUAUUCUAUGCCAUGCGUUAGAUUGCCCCCAAAUGCCCAUAAUGUGGAAAGUGUAAAAAGUUCAAGUGAGUGCAUGCAAGUUUGCUUAACUAAUUGCUCUUGCACUGCUUAUUCAUUCAUCAAUGGUGGAUGCUCUAUUUGGCACAAUGAAUUGCUUAACAUAAGAAAAGAUCAAUGUAGUGAAAAUAGCAAUACGGAUGGAGAAGCUCUUUACCUACGGCUAGCUACAAAAGAAUUUUAUAGUGCAGGCGUUGAUAGUAGAGGAAUGGUUAUUGGACUUGCUAUUUUUGCAAGUUUUGCUUUAUUAUGUUUGCUACCACUAAUCCUACUACUGGUGAGACGGAGUAAAACUAAGUUCUCAGGUGACAGAUUGAAAGAUUCCCAGUUUUGCAAUGGAAUUAUUUCAUUUGAAUACAUUGAUUUGCAACGUGCAACUACAAAUUUCAUGGAGAGACUUGGAGGAGGUAGCUUUGGUUCUGUAUUUAGGGGGUCUCUAAGUGAUUCCACAACAAUAGCAGUGAAAAGGCUUGACCAUGCAUGCCAAAUUCCACAAGGAGAUAAGCAGUUUAGGGCUGAAGUGAGCUCAAUUGGAACCAUUCAACACAUCAAUUUAGUUAAAUUGAUCGGCUUCUGUUGUGAGGGUGGCAGAAGAUUGCUUGUUUAUGAGCACAUGUCAAAUCGUUCUCUCGAUCUCCAAUUAUUUCAGAGCAAUACUACAAUAUCCUGGAAUACUAGGUAUCAAAUAGCCAUUGGAAUUGCUAGAGGAUUGUCUUACUUACACGAAAGCUGUCAAGAUUGUAUCAUACAUUGUGAUAUUAAACCAGAAAACAUCCUUCUAGAUGAUUUAUUCAUUCCAAAAAUUGCUGAUUUUGGUAUGGCAAAGCUUUUGGGAAGGGAUUUUAGCCGAGUUUUGACAACGGUGAGAGGAACUGCAGGUUACCUUGCACCUGAAUGGAUUAGUGGUGUUCCUAUAACACCAAAAGUCGAUGUUUAUAGCUAUGGGAUGGUCUUGCUAGAAAUAAUAUCAGGAAGAAGGAACUCAUAUACCUCAUCUCCUUGUGUUGGUGACCAUGAUGAUUAUUUUCCAGUGCUUGUGGUCCGUAAGCUUCUUGAUGGAGAUAUAUGUGGUUUGGUUGAUUAUAGAUUACAUGGUGACAUCAACAUAAAAGAGGCCGAAACAGCUUGCAAGGUUGCGUGUUGGUGCAUUCAGGAUAAUGAGUUUAAUCGACCAACAAUGGAUGAAGUGGUUCAUAUUCUCGAGGGUCUAGUUGAAAUUGACAUACCCCCGAUGCCGAGGCUACUUGAAGCAAUUGUAGCUGGAAGCUCAAAUCCAACAUGUACCUCAUCUAGUUUUUUCGGAUCAAUUCGAGAAUCCUUGUAAAUAUUUAUAGUUCCUUUUUUCCUACAAAUAUACAUACACGUAUAUAUAUUAGGAAAUGGCAUGAACCCAACCUCUACAUCCAACCAUAUGUACCCAGCCAAACUACAAAUAUAUAUGUAUGCAUGAGUGACGGACUGAUGCUAUGUGCAGCUAUUAUUGUUGACAUUUCUGCUA